UAGUAUGCUAGCGAGCUACUGAGAAGUGGAAGCAGACGAGCCUUUAGGCACCGUCAUUUAAACUUGAUAAAAUAUAAUUUUCUAACUUUAACCCUUAUUUUUUUUUUAGUUAACCGAAUAACUGUAUGUCUAGCAGCGGUGUGCGCCGAAGAGCGAGCCCCGCUGUGUUGGCAGCUUAGUUAAUGUAACUGUUAGCCUGAGAGCUAAACUUGCUGCUGGGCAGCUGGCUUCUCCCAGUUAGCAUCGAUGAGGAAACCCAACCCCGGCACUGGUGCUGUAAAUAAGACUGACCAGCUUGUCUUGAGUUAGCUAGUUGGCUGGUUGUCCUAGAAAGAAAUCAACAGAAUGACAGAGGAUGCCGUCUUGCUGAAUGUACCCGUCAUUCGGCAGCUGUACCACUGGGACUGUGGGUUAGCCUGCUCCAGGAUGGUCCUGAAGUACCUCCAUCCUGUGAGUGAUGAGGAGUUUCAGAGAGCAUGCUGGGAGCUGAAGCUCACAGAGAGUGUGUGGACUAUUGACCUGGCCUACCUCAUGUGCCAUCUAGGAAUUAAACACUGCUUUUGUACCCAGACUCUGGGUGUCGAUAAGGGCUUUAGAAAUCAGUCCUUUUAUAAAAAACACUUUGAUACAGAAGAAGACCGAGUGAAUGAGCUUUUCCUUAAAGCAGACAGCAAAGGUGUGACGGUGAAGAAAUGUUCUGUGACGGUUCAGGAAAUCCAGUCUCAUCUGGAGCAGGGCCACGUCGCCAUUGUCCUGGUCAACGCUGUCGUUUUGACGUGUGAGCUCUGCUCAUCGCCUGUCAAAUACUGCUGCUUCCUGCCUGUGGGUCAGAAGUGUUUCUGCAGGAAGCCAGAAUACCAGGGUCAUUUUGUGGUUGUGUGCGGCUACAACAGGACCACUGGCUGUGUUUUCUACAACAACCCUGCUUAUUCUGACCGGGUGUGCUGCACCAGCAUCAGUAACUUCGAGGAGGCUCGGCGAAGCUAUGGGACAGAUGAGGACAUCCUGUUCGUCUUUAAGGAGAGUUGAUGGACUGUGGUGAUUGGAUUUAAAAUUUCACUCUUUGUCAGCUCAUCAUUGUAGUGACUUGAUGCUGCAGGUCAACAGUGUUGGACUCGUGGCUCCACCUGUUGUCCACUGUCUAAGAUGCCCUGGGCCAUCUUCUUUGGUGCUAAUUGCUCAUGAGAGGCAGAUUCACUGCUCUUAUUCCCUUCUAUACAGUCACUACUAUACAACCCCUGAAGGAUUAACAGCUGAGAGGUUCAAUAAUAUAAACUGAACUCUUUGUUUAAUGAGCAGCUAGUUCAAAUGAAUUGUAUUGUGUCUUUGUUCAGUUUUAAUGACUCUGGUUGCUCAUGUAUUUGAAGCUAUUCAAAUGUCAAACUGUGAGCUGAGUAUUUCAGAAAAUGGAUGAAAUGUGGGAAUCGUGACAUAGAAUAGGAAUUACCAGGAAAUAAUGUGCACAUAAUUCAGGGCUGAUGAUGGCAACAUUUAGUAUAUCCAAUUUAGCUGUGCUGUUCAGUAGUGAUGUAACUGAAGCCUCACCUCCACCUGCCUUUUGAAGAAAUCCUGCUAACUGUCCGCCGCUUUUUAUUCUGAUGAUUUUAUCAACAGGGAAUACAGGAAGUAGUUGCAUUUGAGAGUCUCAGGUAAUUAAUGCCCAAAUGUGUGACAUGCACAUCAAUUGACAAACUUAGUUCAAUGCAAUACUCCAAAGCAUGUCUAUGAAAGUCAGUCUACUUGCAGAAGAACACACUGAAACAUGAAAUCAGUUUCCCUCACUUCACUGGAAUGAAAACAGCUCAUCUUGUGUUUUGGAGUCAUGGCUGCGUUGUUCGGUUGUUUUGAUCAUGUUGCAGAACAAAAGGUGUAAUUUGGACUCCGUCUGUUUGAAAGCAGUGAAGACUGGGUAAUUUCCUCAUUGUCCCUCAGUUGUAUUUUUUAAUUUUGGUAUUAUGUACAUGUUUUUUGCACUAUGCUUUUCAAACCUGACAUAAUUGUGUUAUUUAAAUGAAAUGUAACCAUGAAAUAGCUUUUCUGGAUCUAUGAAAAGUGAUAUUCUGGUUGUUACAACCACAGACUUUAUUUUUUAUGAAACAGAGCUGCAUUUAUGAUGUUGUAAUUAAAGAGUUUGAAAAUAUGA